GUCAUGGCAAGCAAAACGGUUAGCGAUAAAGCGAAAUGGCGUAGAAGGAAAGGUUCUAAAACCGUUUACGAAGACAACGACUGCGCGAGCCUAGCCUGGCUCCUCAAUUUUAGACUGGACGAGUUCGUCAACGUGAAAGUUCCUGAUGAUGAGCAGGAAGAGCCAAAAGUCGCAGCUGAUAGUCCGCCGGCUGCGAAGAAACCGCCGUAUACUUAUCCAGAAUUAAUCGAAAGAGCCUUAAGAGAAAAUGGCGAAUUGACGGUAUCUGCAAUAUACCAAUGGAUCUCUGAUCGCUUCCCUUACUACAAAGCGAAUGAUGAACGCUGGAAAAACUCUGUUCGGCACAAUCUGUCAAUCAAUCCUCAUUUUCGGAAAGGAGCACGGGCUUCUCAAGGCGCUGGCCACCUUUGGUCGCUGGCGGCUAACGCUAUCGACUUGUUACCAUUGAGAAAUCAGUUUGUAGAGACUGAGAAGACUGAGGAAGUCCAGGAGGCACAAAUUAUUGAGUGCCCAAAAGUCAUAGUUUUAGAUGAAGCUGCAAUAGCUGCCGCUAGUAUCAUUCCAGAUCAAGAUUUAUUCACAGGUAACACAAUGUUCCUAAAUCCAGUGUCAACGGAGCAGGUGGUUCGUGAGUGUGGUCUCAUCACCAUGUGAUUAAGUAUGGGACAACUUAGUGUAAUUAUAAAGCAUUUAGAAAUAAA